ACACAUAAAUACAAUGCAUGAUAUGGCCAAACAGUUUAGUUAUCUAGUUGUUUAUUAAUAGCUACCGACAACUGCGAACUAUCAUUAUUACAAAUAUACUGGUCUAGAGAAGUUCAAUAAUUAUUACUUUCAUAUUACAUAAUUCAAAGGAAUAUCAUAACAGUUAAGGUAGUGAAAUUUGUUAUUCACUUAACAAGUGUCUGAUAUUAACUCAAACAGGUGCAAAAUAUAUGUUUUGCUUUUGCAACCUGUUCGACGGAAUAGAAAGUACACUAUGAUUACACCCUACCUAUAACCUUCAUGGCCCUAAAUACUAUUCACUAACCCUGGGAAUUUAUAACACUACUAAUAUCAACGAAUCUUUUGACAAACAUAUAAACAGAAAAAUCUCAAAAUAUAUUCUUCGCGUUCAUUUAAUAAUUGAUCAUGUGUAUUCUAUGAUAUUCAAUUUGGGGACAAAAAGUAAAAACAGACGGUUCAAUCAAUAAAACACGAUUUUUUAAAUAAAAAACGUUUGAAUUUUAUCACAAGAAUCUACAUUCUCAUAUUAUGGAUAAUCGUGGCAGAAAGAAAAAUAAAUCAAUCUCUUGUUUAGAUGAACAAACCGACACUAUCACUUCUGUUAAUCUCAAUAAACAAAAUAAUAUUAACACAAAUAGCAAUAAUACUGAUAACAUUACCAGUAAUAAUAGUAACAAUAAACACUUUACGACAUCAUCACCUUCAACUUCAUCAUCACCAAAAAUGAAAACAUUAAGAACAACGAUAACAACAAUUAAAACACCAGCAAUGAAUAGUCCUGCUCGGAAGAUUAUGAAUACAUCAUCUUACUCACCAUCAUCACUAUCCUCUGAUAAAUCAACAAUGGUAACAGUUAAAACAAGUCAAAAUAUUGAUAGUGAAAAUCAAAAUGGUCAACAACAAUCAUCGUCAUCAUCAUUAGCACAGAAUGCAAACAACACAACUAAAGUGGAUACUAAUAACAUUCAUAGUUUUUCAUCAACCGAUUCUGGUCGUAGUAGUAUAAGCAGUAGUCAGACAAGUAAUGGUGAGGAAGUCUCCGAGAACAGAUUUGAUAAAACUAAAGUUAAUUCAUUGACAGUAACAAAAACUGAUGUCGGGUCAGAUAGUCAUAAAUUAGAUGGUAGUAGUAAGAGUAGUAGUAAUAAUAAUAGUAACAAUGAUAACUCUAUUGAUGGUUUACCGUCUGUUUCAAGCGAACUGGAUAUCUAUUCUGAUGUGACACUUAUUCCAAGAUCAACUGUAACAGUUGAUUUCACUAUAAAACCAGGGAAAAAAUCUACGAAACGUGUUAAUGGACGUAAACCAGUCAAAGGGAUUAAAACAACUACACGACACAAUGCUGGUAGAACAAAACAAAAUGAACUGAAGCUACAUGAUGAAUUACUUUCUGAAUGUGAGUUAGGAACUUCAUCGUCAAGUUCAUAUACAAUAUCAGCAUCCAAAGUCAACCGUCAACACAAACUCGAGAAAAUAUAUCCACAAACUUUUAAAUCAAAAUCCGUAAACAAUCAGUUAUCAUUUCAAGACUGUACAAUUAAUGCCGAUAAUAUUAAAAAUAAUAUUGAGUCUGGCCAAGAAAGUCAACAAUCCACCACUCCAGACUUAUCAUCUAUUCCAUCCCUUAAUUCACCUUCACCAUCAUCAACAUCACCGUGUUCAAUGAGCCGAACUAAUCACACCACAGACAAAACAGUUAAAGAAAACUCCAGCUUACCAGCUGAAAUUCAAAUAAGAACUCCAUAUAAUGUUACCCAAAGAAGAAAAGAACUAUUCACUCAAAUAUCCAAUAAUAUUUCUGAUCAUGAAGGAGAUUGUUGUGAAUUACGUAGUAAUACUUCAGAUAUAGAAACUACCACUUUCAAUAAACUUUCGAUCAGUAUCAGCACAUCAAAUGACAUGAAUGAAUUGAAUCGAGAAACGAAAAGUGAAAUUUCUUCACCACUUGGCUUUGUUAAAACAACAGAAAUAACAAGAUCUAAUUCGAUUCCAGAUAUUUUUGAUAGUUCCACACCAACCAUAUCAAAAUCUAUUACAACCUCAAGUGUAUUAGUUAGUACGAAUUCAUCAUUAAGAGCUGGCGCAUCAAAUACAACUAACUUCUAUACUAGAUCAAAAUCUAAUUAUGCAUCAAAGGAUACAGAUCAUUUUAUUAAUCAUAGCUUUGCUACGAAUAGACGAAAAUCUCGUUACAACUCAAACAACAAUAAUAACAUACACUAUUCUAACCUUAAUUUAAAAUCGCUUCUAAGUAAUAAAUACAUGAAAAGUUUUUUAAUGCAACCUUUUUUAAUUCCGGAUUACAUGAAUACUUCUGCAUAUACAACAGUCAACGGUUAUGACCUGGCUAAUCUGAGAAAAUCAUUUUUCAACAAUGAAGGAAGUAAACAAAAUUUUCAAACAGCUGCAGCGGCCGCUGCUGCUGCAGCUCUUCUACCAGAACCAGGUUUAUUCAUUAAUUCACCAUGUUAUUAUUGGUUACCGUCAUUAGGAUUUAAUAACUAUACUAAAAAUACUACUACAACAUAUGCUACAGAUUGUGUAAAGCUGUAUAACGAUAAAAUUACUAACAGUAAUGGAAAUAAUAGUAUGAAUUAUGUAAAUGGAGGUAAUCGAUAUAUGCUACAACAAUUUGCUAAUCAAGCGAAUCAUGUAACAGAUGAACCAAAGUCUUAUGAAACACACAAAGUAUCGGUUUCAAGGACACCCGAAAACUCUCGAGUGGCUUUAAAAUCUUUAACAAAAGAAGAGAAUUACAGUCAGAAAAACAAGCCAGAUGAUGAAAUUAAUCAUUCGAAACAUGAUUCUAAACUAUCCAAUAGUCAAAUUCAUACUAACAAUGUAAACAAAAUCAUAUCCAAUCCUAUAUCUCGUUCAAUGACAAAAUUGAAUUCUUUAGCACCAGAGGAUGCGAUACAUAGUGAUAAUUUUGAAAAUCGUCCAAGUUCAGCUAAAGAUUUAACUACUAACGAUGUACAGUCUAAAUUCGUAAAUGUUUCUACUAUGUCCAUUUUCAAAGGAAGUAAUAGUUUUAAUAGUAAUAGUAAAACUAACAGAAUUCAGUCAACUACAGGCUAUUUGAAUUCAGAUAGUAAUUCGGAUAAAUUAAGUACGAUUAAGUAUACACCAACAGAAUCUAAUUCAGAAGUGAUGCUUAUGAAUAUAACCAAUUCAUCGGGACAGCCAAUUUCAAUAAUAACUAAUCCAAUACAAAUUGAUACAUCGCAAGUGUCUAACGAAGAUAUUAUGAAUACUGGUCAAAGUGGAACAGUUUCAUCAGCAUUAAAAAUAGAAGCAGUGUCGACAGCAACAACAGCAACAACGACAACUACCACGGGACUAACAACUAACUACAUUCCAAACCCAGACUCAUAUUUAACAGCUCCUACUACAUUCUUUUAUUUCUAUAACAAUGAAGGGCAGUUAUUUGCACUUCCAAGUAAUGCACUAAUUUUUCCUACUACUGUUGGUCGCCUUGGCACAACAACUGUAUCAAAUGAGACAGCAUAUAGUAGUCCAUCAACAUUUAUUACUCCACAAGUAAAUGGAAAUAACAGUAGUACCAAUUGUUGUAAUAAUUCUUCUACCAUUCGUACUACAGGUUGUGUUUCCAGUUAUGAAGUUCCAGAGCAAUUGUAUUCAGGUCCAAAUUAUAGUACUAUUCUUAAAAAUACUGAUAAUAAUCAAUGUCGUGAUCUUAUAUCGAGUUAUUCAGUGCCUAUACAACCUCCAUUUCUUAAUGGAUUUCAUCAAUGGGUACCUGGUCAAAUUACCUUAGAUAAUCAAACAGGAAUUCAACAACUUCAAAACUCUUCCACUAAUUCUUUAGUGAUGCCAUCGAAUCAAGGUGUAAUUUUACAUCCAUCAUGUCCAUUUCCUUUACCUUCAGUUGGAUUAAUUCAACCAUUAAUAUCAAAUAUUUAUUCUAAUCAAAAUUUCAAUUCUACAUCUAGUUCAGAUGAUAAUAAUAAUCGUAAUAAUUCAUCUAAACAAAAGAAUAAUCAAUCUAAUAUUUGUUCACUUAUGAAUCGGUCUACAGAUCAAUUUAAAUUACGUCGUUUUACUAAUGAUCUACCAAGUUUACUAGGUAAUGCUAAAUCAACUCGUUCAGGUAUGACUUCUGGAAAAUUAAUUAAUUCCAAUAAUAAUCAUUCAAAAUAUUCUGGUAAAGGUUUAAUGUCCACAUUUUUAGAUGAUUAUAACAAUACAUUAAAUAAUCAGACAGUUGCUAAUCGUCAGAAAAAGCAUGCAUCGAAAACAAAUCUUUAUAUUCGUGGAUUACCAACUUCAUUUACAGAAGAAGAAUUGCAUACUUUAGCACCAGAUCGAAAAUUGAUACGAUCAGUGAAGUUAAUUGCUGGAGCUGAAGGCGAAAUGUACGGAUUCAUUGACUUUGUGAAUAAUGAAGCAGCUAAAUCUGCUUUGUUGCAUAUUAAAUCAGGAAAUCGUGAAUUAUAUGUAAAUUUUGCUUAUGAAUCUGAAAAAGAUCCACAAAAUGUUUACAUUACCAAUAUUCCUGAAUCCUGGACAGCAUCUAAUGUUGAAGAUUUGAAACAAAUCUUUCAACCUUAUGGACCUAUAGCAACUGCUAUUGUAAUGACAAAGAGAUCAAAUAAUUUCUGUACAGGUGCUGGAUUUGUACGUUUUGUUCGGUCUGAAGAUGCUCAAAGAGCAAUCGAUGGAAUUCGUAAUGCACAAAUCACAUUAGAAAAUGGUAAAGGGCCAUUAGAAGUUAAACUGGCUGAUAGACAAAAACCAUCAGACGAUCAACCAAACACAACAAAAGUACGAUCGUCAAAACGUAAUAGUGAACCACCAGAAUCAUUGACAUCAACGUCAUUAAUGAAUGGAAAUGAAGAGACUGCACGACAUUCACGUACAAGAAAACAAUCUGAUUGUUUAUUACCUAAUGAUAAUCAACUAUCUAAUCAUAAUGUCAUUAACUCAAAUCAGUUACGAUCAAACCCUGGUGUUUUGGGACCAGCUACAGAUCUAACCUCAUGGGAUGUAACAAAUCGUUUAAAUAAUUCUGAUUCAUUAAUGUUAGCAUUACGUGCGGCUUGGGCAUCGAAUUCUUUACAGAAUUCUAACUUUUUAUUACGUAAUUCUAUUGGACAAAAUAAUUUAACAUCUACUAAUGAAAAUAAUCGAGGUUUAUUACCAAUUCCUAAUCAAACUAUACAAUUGACUAAUUUUAUGUCACAACAAAAAUUACCUAAUGGAAUUUUACAUAAUCAAAAUCCUGUUCAACAUAAUUUAGUAACUGGACCAACUGCUGUAGCUGCAGCAGCAGCAGCACAAGCUGUUACUGCUUUAUUGCCUUUCUCUAGACCAAUUGACAAUUAUUCAUUAUCACAAGCACUUAUGCAUACACCUGUUGCACCUUCAAUGAUUGGUCCAAUGAUCCAGCCUGCUUCCAACUGGACUACAAGUCCAUUAAUAUCAAACAUUUACCAAUCAAUAUAAAUAUUUGUUAAAAUAUAUGGAAAAACCAAUGUGAAAUCAAAAGAAGCAUAACAAGUUAUCGUUGCUAAUGUCGUUUUCAUAUGAAACAAAACUUCUUUUUUUAACAGUUCAUAGAGUUACAAUAAACAAAUAUUUCUUUCUUCAGAAAAAAAACAGAAUAACUAAGUUCAAAAAAACACAUUUCAACACAUUGCGUCACAGAUACAAUGAAUAUAAUUUGAUCAUAUUGGUCAAAGAAUAAAUGUGGUCGGUUGUGUAUGUUUAUGUUUGUUUAUGCGUGAUCAUGAUUACCGUAUGCUAGUAUGUUUCAUGGUAUAUAUAUAUGCUUGAUUUAGUUAAUAGAUUAAAGGAAGAAUAAAAAACUGAAACAUUUUACGACGAAAUAAUAUCCCACUUGUUGGGUCCAUUUUUUUGAUUUUAUGAAUAUUUUUUGUCAGUGAUAUCCCUUCUUUUUCUUACUAGUGUUCAGUUUUUGUUUUCCAUACAAAUAUUUUCCAUUAGCAUUCAAUAUCUAUUCAUUCAUCCUGAUGUUUAUUUGGGUGAAUUAUUUUCCAAUUCCUAUCCUCCCUACCCUACAUAUAACUGUACUCAUUUAAAUAUGAUUACAGAAAACUUAUUUUAGUAAUGAAUUAACAAUUGUUGUGAAAAACUGUUGAGAAAAAAAUUUUUUUUGGGAAGACAGUUUACAUAUACGUACAUGUGUAGUGAUAUAUUCAUAUAUAGAUAUUUUAGGGAAUUCCUUGAAACCAAGGAAACAAUCAAGUUCUAUCAUUUUGUUUUCUUUGACAUAUUGUUUAGUUGACUUACUUUUCAAUCAACUUUUUUUAAACUUGAAAGAUAUAUUUUGAAAAUAAUCGGUUUAAUGAAUUGGAAGAAAUGACAAUGUUACUUGAACACCUUUUUUUAAUGUUUUUUUUCAAGAUGUUUAUCUCUGGAUUUGAAAAAUACACAUUCUUAAUAGAUUAGUGUGUGCGUGUGUGCAUUGGUUGAGUUUAAAUAUAAAUAUAUAUAGAUGUACACAUUAUUUGUGUGUAUAUGUAUUUGUGUGAUUUAAUUAACCUAUCGAAUCAAAAUGAUUAAAACAUAAGAUAUAAAUUUAACCAAGAGUCUUAUGAUGGUUCAUCGUUCAUGAUUCAAUGUGCAAUAUUUGGAUUGUUCAAACUGAUUACAGAAAAAUAGAAACAAUCUAGGCCAAAAACAAACAAUCUAAUAAAAUCCUUAUUUUAUGCUUCAUUAAUUUCAUUUAUUAUUUUGUUGUUGUUUCCAUUCAUUUUUUUCUCUUUUUUUUCUUUUUAAUUUUAACUUUUAUUUCAAGUGAAAAAAAUGUGUUUGUUUGAUUGGGUUUCUUUUUUUUUUCUAAAAAAAAAAACAAGUUUGUGCUUUCAAAAAAACAAAGAGAAUGACAAUUAAUUGUAAGAAAAUAAACAAGCAAUCGAUUUCUUUUUUGGUUUCCUAGAAUUCUGUGAAGUAUUGUUUUCCAUCAUAUAUUUUGAACGAUAUAAAAUGUUUUUUGUUUGUUUGUUUGUUUAAAAGACUAUGAUUACAUAAUAGUAUUUUAGUAGCAAGAUUUGCAAAAGUUAUAAUCAGUAGUAUUGUUAUGUGAAAUUAUAAUUAGUAGAUAUAACAAUGAAUCAUAUAUUGUAAUAUGUUCCACUUAUUUUUGUUUUUAAGUGCAAAAAGAUCAUAGCACAAAUUAGUUUUAAUGAUAAUUCACAUUAUUUUCUUUCUUUUUCAAAUUGUUGCUUAGAUGUACUUUUGAAUAUGAGUGUAUGUGUAAGUGUGUAUGUGUUAGCUUAUUGAUAGCAUGUAUGUGUAUGCAUUUAUGGUAAUAAUAUACGUAUGCUUUUUACAGUGCAUUCGAAACAUUCACCUGAAAUGUUAACUUUUUUAAAUAAUAUGUUGUGUGUGUGUGUGUGUGCAAACGAGUACUUUGAUGACUUGAACAAUUUGUGACAAAACAAAUCAAUAGAUACUGUGACAAAUAAAACGUAAACCAUGGAGACAUUUAUCAUUUGAGUAUUUUUUUUUCUCUCCUUCAAAUAUUAACUAAAUUUUAAUAAAUAUUGAAAAAAAAGUAUAUUUGUAAUUUUGUGUGUUUUUGUGAAAAUAUAUGAUUUUGAAUGCCAAAUCU